CUGGAACUCAGAGAAAGAGAAAAAAAGGUCAGAAACCGCCCGAGCAAAUCGGAUGAGCGAGCCAGCGGGCGCCGGUUCUGGACCUGUCCGCCAUACUGGUGGAUCUCGCUCUGCUCUGAAGCAUAUGGAUGUCAUGGAAAGGGAGCUUGGCCGGAAACCGAGUGCGACGGAGUUGUACACUCGCCUUCACUCCACGAAGGCUGACAAGAAGCCGGUCGACAAACGGGCUCAGGAUAUGACUGACGCCAUCACUGAGAGGCUUGCUGCUGCGACACAGCCUCAGACCGGAGAGGGUAGCUCCUCGACCCCAGCUGCAGUGGACGAGACCCAGGUGUUUCUAGACAUCGAGGGCGUCAACAAGAAGAAACGCGUGUACGGGUUGGGUUCUGCGAGCAGCAGGUACGCCGGGCCAAGCAGCAGGGUGCAGCGAGGCAGCUCUUCUAGGACGUCGCAGCAGGCAGACGAGGAGGUCGAGCGCCGUGUGCAGGCCGGCAUUCAGGAGGGUCUGCGACUGGCUCGGGAACAGCAGGCUGCGAACAUGGCCCAGAUGAUACGCGAGGAGAUUGCCAGGAUGAUUCCUAACCUUCCGGCAGAGUAUCGGCCACAGCGCCCACAUACCCCACCAGACGAUGACGACACACCAGCUUUGUAG